AUGUACUCCGUUGUUGAGUUCAUCAACCACAAGUCGGUCGCAGCCGUUGCCAAGGCGUGCUUCUAUGAUAAGAGCUGCGUCAUGUGGCUGAAGAAUGACAGACGGCGAAACAUUCUUCUUGAAACGAAUGAGCCGCCGCCGCCGCCGAGUGGGACGAAAGUAUAUCCUGUCAGGAUUCUAAAAGACAACCUGACUCUGGAUGCGGACCGGCGGCUGGCACAUAGGGCCGAGGACACGUUGGACCUCUCCUUUUCGGAGCCCACGAAGUUGGGCCUAGGAUUUAGAAGGAAGUAGGUUUGACUUGCAAUUAAAAAUUCUUUGUAGAUUUGUCCGCAGAUUAACCUCCGAUUCGGAGGAUGAUGACGAUAACGAGAACAUAGUGGAACGACAGCCUGUAAGGCGACUAGCUGGUUGGCCGUCGCCACCACCCAUACUUCAGUAG